AUGAAAGCAACAGGCAUUGUUACGCAUAAGAUAACAAGAGCCUAUGCGCGAGCAAAUAAUAUUAAACUUUAUGAACCCCUUCCGAUAAGUAGAAGAAAAAGAAACAAACCUUCUACGACUACGCCUCAUGAGAUACCAGGAAAUUUCUGUCAAAUGAACAAGUCAGGCGCUUUUGUCGUAGUGGACGGAAAUGGGACUGACUCCUUCGCGGUAGAUCUUUGGCAAAAGAGGAUGUACGAAUUCAUCGAUCAAGGGCCUUCGGAGGAUUCACGAAGACGACGCAACGGGACAAUUCCAAGUCCCUAA